ACUAAAUGAAGAGCAGAUACUUAAGUUACAGAGAAUAAAACAACAUUAAUAUUGAAUGUAUUACUCUAGUCGGAUGUGUACUAGUCAUCUCAGGUCUGCCAGAGCCACGCCACCCACGACUCAUCACUCAGAUUAUACACGAUCAAACAUCAAUAUCCUUGUUCUUAAUCCUUGUAUUCGUUCUACUAUACGUCUGGGAAUCCAUUAUUUUGAUUGACAGUCAUGUAUAACGGCUUCCAAGCUGAUAGCAACAACCCGUUCUUGAACGAAGCUCAGUCUGCCCCUGCACACGCCCGCUUCCCCGAUAUUUCUGCAUCGACCUAUCCACAAUCACCGCCGCAGGUGGGCUACCAGUCUUACGACACUGGGUAUCAGCAACAGCCCCAGUUCCAACAACAACAAUAUCCGCAGUUUCAAGGACAAACACCCUAUAACCAGCCACAGCAAUACCAACAGAAUCAGUAUGCGUCUACGUCUUAUGGUUUGGGACAACUUGGCCCACAGCCAACUGGCAUGCCUUUUCAGCCGUCUAGUCAUUUCGGACAACAGCUAGCGUCCCAAGUAGACUUCCAGCAGCCUUAUCAGCAAUAUCCUAACGGUUACCAGAAUCAGUAUGUUCAACAGCCGCAACAGCAAUACGGAGGCUACCAAGGUGGCUACCAGCCUCAGCAGCAAACCCCAAGUCAUCUCUCUGAGUUUGACCCAUACGCGCCACACCCUACUACCCCUUCACACAACAGGUCAAGGUCUCAGCCAACCAGCCUUUCAAGCCAGAAUCCUGGUGGUGCGAUGCACCCUCGGGAUUACAUCCGUCAAUAUAAAGUUGAACUGGAGGCUUGGGACCCUUACACGUGGAAGCAGAUGUUUAACGCCUGUGGUACGCUCAACGCAGCCUGGCUUACACGCAAGCAAGAGGCGGAGAGGGCAGUGCAGCAGCUAGGUGGGAACGGUGCACCGGGAUUAUUCGGCCCAACACCUGGUUAUCAGGCGUACGGCAGCGAACUUCAGAGGUGGCAGGAGAUUGUGAAGGAAGCCAACUUGCAUCAUGAUACCAUCGCGGCCUCUACAUUUCAGCUGAAAGAGGUUCACUCCUCUUAUAGACAGUCAGGUGAUGCUGUGAGCAAGCGACGUGUGCGCGAAUCUUGCAACGCUGCACUGUCGAACUUGCCCGACUGGCCUGCACCAUUAAAUGCCAAUUAGUCUUGGCAGAAUUUCUUCAUCUUGCUAUGGGUCAUCAAUGGGAUCUACGUUACGAUUGUUUACGCAACAUGCUGCUGUAUUUCUUGCACGUUUAUUCUUAACUCUGUUGUAGAUUACUAAGAUCCGCGUCAUGCUGUAUUCCUGCGCAUUGAGGGCGGUUUUUCUGUCUCCUUUUACAUUAUUUUCUCCUUUCUUUCUUGCAACCGAAACGAAUGGGGGUCCAAGGUGGAAGUAAGUAACUACGUCAUAAUUUGAGACCUCGGAACUUCAUGCAUCAUGUAUCAUAUGUGCACUCGCGCAUGGCGCAUUUAUCGGAGCGUCGAAAGACCUCACAUGAACAAGAGAAGCUUACCCGGUACUUGGUCUCUUAAAACGCAGCACUGAAAGCUCAACUGUAAUGGAUUUUGUCU